AAGAACCCAAUUCAAUCAUCAACAACAUUUUCCUCAGAUUUCUUCGCAGUUGAUCAUAAUCAACACUUCAGUAGCUUAGCUUUGCUCGCGAGCUCUUGUCUCUUUAGUCAUGGCUUACGCAGCAGCAUCACUGGCUUUUUCCCCUUGCUCGUCCAACAUUGUGAGGCAAACGGCGAGGUUCCCUCAAUCCACGGCGAUCUUUCCAUCUCUUUCACGCAUGAUACGCCGCCGCACCGUGAUGGCCACAGCGACGGACGUUAGCAAGGAAAAUACUUCACUGGAGGUGCAGAAGCAGGAUGCCCCUGCUCUGCAACCCCGCGCUCCUCGGCGCUCUGUUUUCGAUAUCUCUCCUUUAGGCUUGGUUGACUCGCUGUCGCCGGUGAGGACGAUGAGGCAAAUGCUUGACACCAUGGAUAGGCUAUUCGAGGACGCGUUUACGUUCCCUGGGACGACGGCAGGGGAGAUUCGGGCCCCGUGGGACAUUAAAGAGGACGAUAAGGAGGUGAAGAUACGGUACGAUUUACCCGGGCUGAGCAAAGAGGACGUGAAGGUGUCAUUGGAGGACGACGUGCUGGUGAUUAAAACCCAGCACAAGGAAGAGACCGGCGAGAAGAAGGAAGGGGAGGAUGGGUGGUGGAGAGGUAGCAGUACUAGUGCAUACAACAUACGGCUGGUGCUGCCAGAUGAAUGCGAGAAGGAUAAAGUGAAGGCGGAGCUCAAGAACGGGGUGUUGCUUGUCACCGUCCCUAAAUCUAAGGUGGAGCGCAAGGUAAUUGAUGUGGAAAUUCAGUGAAAAAACUGGUUGUUGAAUCAUCUAUGUGUUUAGCGCUCCUGUUAUGUUGGUCUUUUUGAUGUGGGUAGAGAUUUCGCUAGUGUGAAUGGCUAUGGAGGUUGGAAUGUUAUGAGAAGAGUGCAAUAAAAUGGUUUUAUGUUAUGUAAAUCUGCUUUACGGAGAUAUCAGAAGCCUGAAAUGCUUAGUUUUGUGGACAAAA